AUGAAGAAAUUGCUAAUGCUCUUGAUAAUAGUAAAAGUAGCCUCCGCUUAUAUAUACUACGAUACUGGAAUUGUAGAUGACUUCCAAUCUUAUGUAUAUUCAAGCUUCGUUUGCAAGAAUGGCUACUCAAAAAUUGCAACGAAGUCGUUUUCUAGUCAAUUUGAGAAUAUUCCUUAAGUAUUUUUUGUCCACGAAUAAUUCGACUUGAACAAGGCAGAAUUGGGCUUUAAAUUGGCAAUUACAGCUAUAACUUAAAUAUGUAUUUAUAAAAUCGAGUAUUUUAAAAGCUUUUACAUUAGAAAUUAGUUGCAAUAUGAAUAGAGCAACCACAAUAUCAUUAAGAUGGUAUGCAAUUGACGACUAGCGUAUCGAGGUCUACAGCAACUUCAAUAUGGCAAAUCCUGAUGAUAAAACAUUUUAAAUUAAAAAUCCUAAUGCCAAGACUGGAUUUGUAGCUAUCACAAGUUUCCAUUAUAUAGAGGCAAUCGAUUUUCUAUUAUCGGUAAUAAUGAAAAAUAUCAAAUAGAUGGGUCAAAUCUCAAAUAAUUCAGUUACUGUGAGCUUACUAAAGUCGAUGGAAAGUUCACAAAUCUUAUGCAGAUUGGAUAUUUUUUAGUUGUUGGAGUUGAAGAAGCAUUUAUUAAUUUAGGAUUAAAGACAGUAACUGGAGCAUUCAGCAGUGGUCCUCUUACAAUAGAACCAAAUAGAUGGUUUGCUAUUGUUUUACAAGGAUUGAAUUAUCCAAAUCUUAAAAAUUUAAGAUUAGGAGCAACAUAUACUAACACAGAAACAACAUUAUCAUAUACUUGGAAAACCUGUAAUUAUUUAUAAUUAUUAACUAUUAAAGGGUUUGAAACUGAUACACCAAAUAGUCAUUCAUAAGUUUGGGUAGCAUACUAGUUUACGAAGACCUUCAAACCUUUAGAAUGUUUUAGUAUAAGAACAAGUAGAAAGGAGGUUCUGAAUUUAGCCACCCUACCUACUUUCACCUUAGAGUUGAUUCAAACUAAUUAAAUUUACACUACUAAUGGAAACUAUGAAUAUAUGGUUGAUAAAUCAAUCACACCGUUGAAGAUGGGUAUCUAGGUUAAAUGUGAAAAUGGUAUGAAAAUCUAAGCCGAUUUAAACAAAUGCAAUUCUUGUAGUACCAAAAAGAAUCAGUCUUUUAAGUAUAACUGCUUUAAUAAAAUGAAUUAUGUUGGAUUCUUCCCUCUCUUUUAGUAAGCAUUUCCUCAAUACAAUCAUUUGAAAAUAAACAUGUAGUCAUCCUCAUUAGAAAUAAUAAAUGUAAUUUAUGAUCAAACCUUAAUUGAGUAGGUCAUUGUGAAAAUUUAAAUAUUAAAUUAAUGA